AUGUCCGUCAAACGCACUUCCGUCCCUGAAUUCAAUAAAAUAUUUGACCCAAUAAUCGGUCACGCAUCGCCCCCGCCACCUGCGCCUUUUUCUGGGCACCAACAACAACAACAGCAGCAGCAGCAAGAUAUUUCACCGCCGAGAGGACCACGGACUCUUUUACUACGCCGCAGCGAAAAUGGAUUUGGAUUUACCCUUCGCCACUUUAUCGUCUAUCCGCCCGAGUCCUGCUGUGAGCCAAUGGACACAAUUUUCGUAAAACAAGUCCGAGCAAAUUCACCAGCAGCUGAAGCAGGUCUUCGUACUGGAGACCGCGUCGUGUCAGUAGACGGCGUUCCAACUCGCGGUGAGCAGUACGCGAGUGUCGUUCAGAGAAUCCAGCAAGCCGAACCUUGGCUGCGACUUCUUGUAGUUUCUAAGGACGACGACUUUUUGCAAAAGUUUUUCGGUGAUACUGCGCACAAUCCCGAGACAAAUCAACGACCAGCUCGCCUGCGAUCUCCCGACAAGAUAUUGCAGAAGCAGCGUAGGUCAAUGAGCAUGAUCCCCGGGCCGUCGUCCAGAGCUCGACAGUCUUGGGUUUGCCAAACGCUUCCCGGCUCAGAGAACCAAGGCACCGCGGGUUCUUCCUACCGCCUGAGAGAGGAGGCUCUGAAGGACCAAGCGGCGAACAAAAUGACGACCUCGGUGCCUAAUAUUCAGCGACGGCCGCUGAUUGAAGCGCGGAAUCACGAAAGUAUGUACAGCCGUACAGACGACAGGAGCCAGCGGAGAUCGUUACCGCAGCAGCAAGAUAUCGAUAUUAAUCCUAUGGUCCAAGUUUAUCGAUCUCCGGACGCAAAAUUCCAUUUAUACGACCGUACCCGAUCAGAGUCGAUUUACUCGCGGCCCAGCAGCGAGCAAAUCUACGACAAGAUCAAGGAUCCUAUUUACGAGCGAGUUAGACCCGAUUUAAAUACCUUCAGCAAGUCGCUGGACCAUCAGUAUCCCAUGUCUCGCGCUGAGCCCCAAGUACCAAUUUACCGGCCAGGAAGACGCGUCGUUACCCGACGCGCCAGCGAAGGCAGCGGCCCGAUUAAUGAUCCAGAAGGUGAGGGCGGAAAUAAUGGUGGAGGACAGGCUUACAGCAACAAUGAAGGAUUCAAUUCUGGAGACCCGGGGUCUAGAUUGAGUGUAGAAUCCAGGGAGAGACAAGAUUCCUCACCGCUAAGUAAAGAUAGCAGUAUUUCUUCGUCUUAUGAUUCUACUUCUACGCUCACUGGGAACGAAUGCUCAGAUGAUUCUAUUAUGACGAGACUGAGAAAGAGUUUUGAACAGAAGGAAGAAUUUUUACGACGUCCCAGUCAUCCUAUUGGCUGGCUCCUGCCUGAUGAAACCGCGAGGAUCAAUGCGCAGGGUCAGGGAGUCAUUCAAAGGGAGUUUUAUGCCCGACCGCAAAAACUUCAGCGGCAAGUUUGGCCGCCAAAUGAACAGAGUCUACAAAAUCAACAGCAGCAGCAACAGAGGAAUAACUCUUUAGAGAAAGCUAAAAAUAAUAAACCGAGUAAUCAGAAUUUACAAAGAGUCAGAAGUGACAUGGUUGAAAGCAAUGACGUGGUUAAUAAUGACAAAAAUGGAGAACGCGAAGGAGCUCAAGCGAUACGUGAUCGAUUUUAUUCAUCUCUUUAUGACACCAAUCAACGGGCUAAACAGUUUGAGUCUGGAAGGCUGCUUAGUGAUGAUGAUGAGCCCACUAGUGAUAGGACUAAUUUGUACAAAAGCGAGCUUUCAAGGUUGUCGAAUAAAAGAAGUGUUCCUAAUGUUGCGGUUAGGAAACGGGAGUUUGAGUCUAAAGCUGAGUUUCAUGAUGGAAGAAGAAUUGCCGCUAAUCGGGAGAGCAAGGGGUUGUCGGGGAAUCGAAUAAUUCCUAUAGGCAGCAAAUACAUCCACUGCGUACCACCUUCGGGUUACAAAGAGGAUAAAGAAACACCGGCGAUGGAUAUGGAACCGGUUCGGUUGCGAGCACGAAGUAAUAGCGCUGAAUCUUGGGAAGCUGUGAACGGAGGAACGACCCGACGAGGCGUCAGACAUACCUGGCAGACAGAACCCGACGAUCCGGAGGGCGAAACACGAAACAGCAAGGCUAAGAGACAAGACAGCUAUCUUCAGGCUGUUAGAAACCACCUCGACCGAGAAUCUCACGUCGGACAGCAGCACGAAACAGCAAACGAGGAGCCAAAACCCAUGGAAUUGAAUUCGGUAUUUCCGGCAGCAUUAUCAGAGGCCAUUGCGAGAAGUACAACUGCAAGCACGAUGCCGACCGUAACCAUUAGUCCUCCCCCGCCUGUUCGCCCAAAUCAACUUCCUAUCCCGAACCCUCUGCGGCCUUUAGAUACUCGAGAGAGCUCAUUCAAUCAUCAGCAUUUACCAUCAGAUCAGCAGAAUGUCGACGAUCCCGAGUCUACUGGCUCGAGCCUAGCCCCGGGGUCCGACUUACCAGCCAGCGAAGUAGUUCUGAGGCGACAGAAAAAUAGUCAACUGAGUGAUGAAGAACGCGCUACGAGACGCGUUUCUUAUCUCAAAGCUACGUGGGGCGAACGGAUGCAUGUGGACAGUGAUCUAGAAUUGACGUACACAGGCGAUGGAGACCGCCACUGUUUCCUAGCGACAUUACGCCACUUCGGCGAAUCUUCGAGGAUGUUACUCAAGCUGCAUCACUACACCGUCAUUACCAUCGUAACAGCAUCGCAAAUACACAUAGUAAUACCACAUGCAGCGCCGGGACGCCGAAGGACGUCGAACCGGUCGAGCGAGAAGGAUCCCUUCACGUCAAGUUUACUGUACUUGAUGGCAAGAUCUACAGACCGUUCGUGGAAGCAAGUGUGGGGCGUUCUUCGUGGCCCUAUCCUAUACUUUUACAAGGACCGUCACACUCAGAGUCCAUCAGCAACGAGUGAUAGUGACGUAGGACAACAUGUCGACGUGAGAUGUUCUCUGGUAGACGUAGCUGACGAUUACACUAAGAGGAAACAUGUAUUCCGUGUUGCUAAUACAAGUGCGGAAGUGCUUCUGCAAACUGACGACGCUGCAUCGAUGGCUCUUUGGCUGAGAGCACUUCAUAAGCAUGCUGCUGCUGAAAAGACUUUGGACGGCAAUUCAAGUACGACGAAACAGCAAGCAGUGCCACAAACACCUGGACCAACAACACCAAGUGGCAGCCCAGCUGGAGGCCAACGGCUAAGUCCACUGCCAGGUCACAAAGGCAUUAGAAAGUUAACGUCUUUCCGCAAUCGUUCGCCAACUGGUCAAUCACCUGUCAAUAAAACCCGCAAACCUAGCCAGACAGUCGAGCCGCUGCAGUCCCCGAAAUCUAAGACGUGGAAGGGCCGCGUUGCUAAACAACUCAGAAAGAUGCAUGGUCAGGCCGGCUCCCCGUCGUCGCCAACGGCGCAGUUACAGCCCGAGGGUGCUACUUUCAAAGUUCCGUUGGAAUUGUGCCCGGUGGUAAAAUUAUAUCCAAUGUUCAUUGAUGCAGACAAAAUAGAAGAUCCCCAAAGAAGAAUGGCAACAAUUAGAAAACUUUUGAGAGACUUACCAGAGCACCAUUUUGAAACUCUCAAGUAUUUAAUGUUCCAUUUGAAAAAAGUUGUCGAGCACAGUGAGAUUAAUAAAAUGGAAGCGAAAAAUUUGGCAAUUGUAUUCGGGCCGACUUUAGUACGAGCCAGUGGCUCGAGGGAUAACAUGGUUACAAUGGUUACUGACAUGUCACACCAGUGUAGGAUUGUCGAGAGCUUAUUGAACAAUGUCGAUUGGUUCUUCUGUGAAGAAGACUUAGACGACUUGAGUAGAUUAAGCGUUAAUUUAAGUCUUCCUGCCGAUGGCAGUGAAGCAGAUACAACAACCAAUCACAACCUUCUUCUCAACAAUAUUCAAAAAGUCGAAGGCAUGCGUGAAAUGGUCUCAGCUAAGGACAUUGUAUCUUCAAUCAUAUCCGCAGCUAACAGAAAAAUUCAAAGGCGGAGGAAAGGUCAAGAGGAGCAGGAGAGUGAAGAUCAUGAAGACGAAAAGACGAAAGCUAAGCAAGAUGAAUCAUUGGGAGUAAUUCGGCAAAGUAUGGCGUUGAAUGAACGACAAUGCUCAGUGAGCGAAAUGAGUAAUGACGAGGUAGCGAUACGUACGUACGCCGGGCUGAGUGCGACUACACAGGAAAGAAUUCGUAGGUUCGAGCAAGAGACAAAAGCAAUGCUGCAACGUGACCAGCAUCGCCAGAGACGCGAGGCGGAAAAACGGGAAGAAGAACGACGGAGAAUAGAAAUGGAGUGGCAACUUGCCAAGAGAGAGAUGGAGAACGAUGAUAUCCUUGAUGGGAUCAUAGAUAACACUGUUGGGACACCUUAUCUCACUGAUCGAUUGUCCAAUUUAAACGACAGGCUUGCUGAGAGAUCCAGUGGUGAUAACGGUGCUGAUACUCAUAGGUCCAAAUCUACUACAAGAUUGACGCCAUUGUCUCUCGCUGUACAGCAACAACCGACUGCUAGGCAAAAAGCACUCGCUACUAAUCAACUUACCAGUCUUAUUGGCGAAAAAAUUAAUAAUGGGAUUGUCAAAAAAUUCAAGACUGAUAAAGAGUCAUCAAUGGAGUCAUUGGCACCAACUCGAUACGGCAGUUUAGAUUCGCUUCAUGAAGUCCACACAUCACCAUCACCAUCACAUCAAACUCGCGGCAUACCCGGCGACAUCUCAGACGAUGGCGCCAGUAGCGCCUCCACGAAGACACCGGCCCCACAACCACCCGAACCCCGUACCGCCACCGACCCCUCAACCACCACCUGCUCUGCAGCAUCAUCCUCAUCAUCACCACCGUUACAACUCUCCGAGCCAAGGGUGUCAGAGUCAGGGCUCGGGGCCGGGCCGUCCUCCAAGACUUUGAACAAAUUCCUCAGAGGGAGCGAUCUCUUGACCAGUCUUACGUCGACGUUCGAUCGAAAAUGGAAAUCUCUUGUGAAUCCAUCGAAUCUGCUGCUAUCUCUACAAGAUCACCUGAAGUUUAUCGUGACCCAAGUCUUCAUAAAGCUCAUAUUGAUAAAAAUAUUUUGGUUCGCACGAAGACCGCCUGAUAACGAUCGCAAUGUUCACAGAAAAACAUCUGAAACAAGUACAACAGCAACAGACUCAUCAGACGGUGGAUCACUUUUGGACGCAACCGAGAAAGAUGAAAACCCAUCAAAAAUACCCAUUAAAUCAAAACGCUUUGAGACGAAAAACAAGAGCCAAGAAAAUGAAUCGGCAUCUAAUUCGCAGCACAACGAUGAAGCUAAAUCAAUUUCUCAAAAUGACUGCAACAAUUUGCAAUCAGAGGAUAAAACGAUAAUGGAUUCGUCGUAUUCAAACAAGCUGGAAAAAUUUGAGAGCUUGAGCAGCCAAGCAAAUGAGUCGCGCUCUCGAUUAAAACGGUCAGAAUCAUUGAAUAAACGGACGGAAAUAGCUUCUUCAAAAUUGAAGCGCUCUGAAAGUUUGAAUAAACAUUCUGAUAGACUCGCUUCUCCGACAAACGGCAAAUUGAAACGUUCUGAGAGCUUGAAUAAACACGCCGAGAGAUCAGAGUCGCCGAAUAUGAAGCUGAAACGAUCGGAGUCGUUAACUAAAACAGAAAAAACUGAGUGCAAUAUCAGCAAGCGAAGACAAUCUGUCAGGAAAGAAAGCGCCACAAAGCUCAAACGAAAAAAUGGCAUGCCCGAGCGAUCGAUUAAACGACGACACACUGUGGGUGGUACUAAGGACUUCGACAAAGUUCAUUGGUUGGAUAAUAAAUUACAAUCUGAGACAGAGCGAAUUAUUAAAAGUGAUAAUAAACCCAAGAAAAGCCAACUGAGAACUAGUUCACCGGAUUUGAGCAGUAAUCGCGUUAAUGUUGCUGACGCGAGUUUCCUUAUUGAAGUUAGCUUCCGUGGACCGAGUAAUGUUGUUUUUAACGUCACCAAUGCAAGACCGCAGUCGCUACCCGACGCUAAUUUAGCUUCGAAAGUUUUCAAA